AUGGCGACCUCGGGUUCCGAAGUCACACCUGAAGGACAGGGUUCUGCGUUUCUGGUCCUGUCGCAAAAGGGCGACAUUGGCAGACUGCGUGAAUGUCUGCUUUGUACAGCGGCUAUUACUGUCGAGUUCGGCGCUUUGGGAGAAGCUGGUGUGAGGACGUAUGCAUUUCGGCAGCUCGUGAGAAUCGCUCGUGCAAAUCAUCACCAACUGCUGAGUCUCCCAGCGGAGGCCAGUGACCAGGACACCCAUGACAGGCUGAUAUUCUUGAUUACACGGCUUGCGGCGCUGCUCUACCAUGACAUGGUUAUUUUCCCUCAAGUCGAUACCUCGGGGAUCAAGCCCCGGCUCGCAGAGCAGCUCAGGCACCACUUGACUGAAAGAUCCCCCAACCUGGUUCCCGGGGCAGGACAAAAUGAAUAUCGCGGCUUGGUCGUCUGGGCUCUUCUGGUAGGGAGUAUCGGAUCCACAUGGACGAGAAAUCGCACCUGGUUUGUCGAGCAGUUGCAUCGGCGAAGCCAGCUACUCGGUCUUGAGACAUUCGUCGAGUUCAAAAGCUCCAUGUCAAAGUACCUCUGGUCUGAGAACAUGGACGAGCCUGCGUUGAGAGCGUGGACAGAGGGAGAGGCCGUCACGCUCCCGUCAUACGAAGACGGGUGA